CCCUUCUGUCACCAAUAUAUUGACCGUGCAAGAUAGAUUUGGGUUUAGAUCUCUUGUGUUUUCCAGUGGUUACACAAAGCGAAUUGAUCUGGUAUUUGGUGAAAAUUACGGAAUUGACUAAGAGGAUGAAGUAUUUGAAAACUUUCGUUCUCGCCACAUUGGCUACUACUGUAAUAGCUAAGGACUUACCUGAAUUCCUCCACGUCUGCAAACGAAAUGAUCCAAACAUUAACGAAUGCAUAAAAGCCAGCGUUGAACAUCUGAGGCCGUACUUGGUUAAGGGUGUGCCAGAAUAUCAAAUCCCCUCAAUUGAGCCUUUGCUCCUGAAGGAAAUCGUCGCGGCCGAGGGCGGUGGAUUGAAGCUAUCCGCCAAGGAUGUGAAUGCCUACGGCGCCAGUGACUUCUCUGUGACCAAGAUGAACGCUGACAUGGGAUCACUCGUAUACCUUUUGGACGUCUUCCUCCCUCACCUGAGUAUCGACGGCCAGUACGAGAUAGACGGAAAGGUUCUGCUGCUGCCAAUAACCGGGUCAGGUCGCAUUAUGGGCAAUUUUACCGAUUGCCUCGGCGCUGUCAAAUUCACCGCGGAAACGGAGACUGUGGACGGCGUUGAAUACUUCCGCGUGAGGGAAUUCGAACUCAAAAUUACUGUCGGCAAGGGCACAUUGAGGUUGGACAAUUUGUUUGGCGGUGACAAGGUCAUCGGGGAUGUUGUUAACAACGCGAUCAAUAAUAAUUUCGAUGCUUUUCUUAAGGAGCUCAUGCCCGUUGUUGAGAGAGCUUUAGGCAGAGCCUUCCGCGAUAUUGGACAAACUAUUGUUAAUCAAUUCACCUACGAUCAGCUCUUCCCUCUAGAUUAAUCGCGUUUUGACUCGCAUGUUUUUUAAUUUCGAAGUACAAUCCAAAAUACAUACAACAGUAAUGAAGUAGAAGAAUGAAAUGAGUCAAUGCACUAGGUAAAUUUCAUUUUAAGAUCGGUCUUUGCUGAAUAUCUCUGAAUUUAUAGGGUGACAGAUGGAAGGUGUCGACAGUAAAUUGACAUAUUUUCAUUUCUUGGGACAGGAAAAAAACCCCAUUUGAACCCAUUAGUUCCUGCAAUUUAUUUGUAGUUGAACUGAAUUGGCAUGAGAAUUUUCUUCGAGGGGCUACUUACUCAGUAAUUAAGGGACACCAUGAUUUCAAAAUGAAGUCGAUUUCGGGUGAUUUCAGCGAUGAUUUCAGUGAUUUCGGACACAAUGAUUUCAAGCGUCACGGGAGGAGAUUUCAUGAUUUCAAAUGAUUUCAUUAAUUCGAAAUCAGUUAUUUCAGAAAAAUAAAGUUAAUAAAUAAUAGAGGUGGGGCAAAACGGGUUAUAUCAAAUUAUGAAAAUCUAAACUGGCAAUAAUAAGUGGCAAUUAAGAACGAAUUCGUUUGAUUCCACUCCACCAAUUUUGAGUCAAUGACGAUGAAAAGGGGUCCAUUUCACCAUUUUAGUAUGGCAGUGAGUACGACAUUUUAUUAUCAUUCUUGGCAAGCGUGUCAAUUUCAAAAUCACGAAUUACUUGCACAGUUCGUAUG